AUGGGCCAAAAACACGGCGUUGACGCAAGAGGCAAAGGUGGAAAAUUUUGUGGUUGUUGGGAGAUUAUCACCGAAUUUAUCAAUGGUUCUUCGCCCUCUUUCGAUGACUUGCCAGACGAUUGCUUAUCUAUCAUAAGCUCUUUCACAACUACUCCACGGGACGCGUUCCUCGCUGCUUUGGUUUCGAAAAGCUUCAGAUUGCAGUUCGAUUCCGAUAGUGUAUGGGAGAAGUUUUUACCUUCGCCGGAUUAUGUAUCUCAGAUUCCGAAAUCGCGAGUUUUCUCAUCCAAGAAGGAGCUCUAUUUCGCUCUUUGCGAUCCUUUUCCAAACCACAAUGGCAGAAUGAGCUUCAGGUUAGAUAAAGCGAGUGGGAAGAAGUGCGUAAUGUUAUCUGCAAGGAAACUAUUGAUCCGAGGGGCAACAAAUCCUCGAUAUUGGAAAUGGAUUUCAAUUCCUGAAUCUAGGUUUGAAAAAGUACCAGAACUUCUUGAUAUAGAUACUUUCAACAUACGUGGUGCCUUGAAUACUCGAAACAUAUCCCCAGGAACUCAUUAUUCAACUUACAUUGUAUACACAAAAACAUCUCAUUGUUAUGGCUUUCAAAAUUGUCCCAUACAAGUUGGAGUUGGAUUUCAUGGAUAUGUAAUGCCUAAGACAUCCAUAUAUUUGGAUACGGUAAAAAAGUGGCCAGGAAGGAAUAUAGAGUAUUCAAAAAAGAGGAAAGAUGGGUGGAUGGAGGUAAAGAUUGGGGAUUUCUUCAAUGAAGAAGGAUUUAUGGGUUUCGAUGAUCUAAUUGAGGUGAGUGUUCUAGAUGUUACUCGCCGCCUUAGUACGAAGAGAGGUGUGAUUAUUGAAGGCAUUGAAUUCCGGCCAAAGGAUACUAGUCAGUAAAUCGGUUUAUGAUUUCAUUCAGGUUAUG